GGUCGAGGCAAGUGCAUGGAGAAUAUCCCUCAUAUCUUGCGCCCCCUUCAGGCAUUUCGCUACACCAACAGGAAGAUGGCCUCCGCACAAGUCGAAGCCUGGAAGGCAAAGCUGGAUAAAGCUCUCCAUGAGAAAAAUGCAGUGAACGAUUUAUUAGCUAAAGUUGAGACGAAGACUGGCGUCAAAAGACUAUAUAUUGUAAUAGGUCUCGUUGCCUUUGUGGCACUGUAUUUGAUGAUUGGCUAUGGCGCUCAGUUCCUUUGUAACUUCAUAGGCUUCCUCUAUCCAGCUUACGCCUCAAUCAAAGCCAUAGAAACCAAGGAGAAGGAUGAUGACACAAAAUGGCUGACCUACUGGGUGACUUACAGCGUCUUCUCCUUGGCAGAGUUUUUCUCUGAUAUCUUCCUUUUCUGGAUUCCUUUCUACUGGUUUCUUAAGUGUUUAUUCCUAGUCUGGUGUAUGGUUCCUGUCGAUGCUUUCAAUGGCAGUAUCAUCAUCUACUACCGCUUUAUCCGACCAUUUGUCCUGCGUCACCAGGACUCCGUGGACAAGACACUGGGCAAGGCCAAGGACUUGGCAGGGGACGCUCUCAAAGAAGGUGAGAAGCUUGCCCGUGAAGCGGUUGUUGAAGGCAAAUUGGAUUAAUACUGCAGAUAGCCAGUCAGCAACGCACCUUCACCCUAACUGGAGCAUUGCCCUUCUAUAAUUUACACAGACUUUGUACAUUUCUGUCCCACAAUUUAGGUGCAAGUUAAAGUUGAAACAAGCGGGGGUUUGGUUUUCGUUUCCAGUUGAAGGACAAACAUUGUAGGAAUGUGGGUGUGACAGCGUCUCACCUAACACAAUACAGGAAGUGGACUAUGAUGUCUACAGCUAACAUUGUGUUGGCUGUGAUUCUGUCACAACUAACACAAUAACAAUAAUGGGAUAUGACAUUUAUUUACUCAAUGUGUUAAGAUGUUUUCUCUCUGUGGGGGCAGACUUGGGUUGGAGCAAUGUGGUCUUAUGUUGCUUCAGCUCUAGAGGUGCUAUGUACACAAUUCAGGGUGUACUAUUACUAAGGACCUUUUUCAAUUCCUGACACACUGUAGAUGUCAAGGUGAGUUUCUUGCAAAUGUGGUUUAAUUAUUAAGAAAUGAGGUAUAGAUGUGGAUAUAGAUGUUUAAUAAGGACAUGACAUCACUCUUGGUGUCAGGGUCAUCUAGUGCAAUCAUAUCAGUGGUAGGGGCAGGG